ACCUACUCUAGGUGUGAUCUGACUCAGCAAGCUAAUAGAGAUAAAGGUGGGAGGUGCCCUUGCUUAUUUGGAGAGACAUUGGAGCUUUUGAAACACUGGAGAUAGUUUUGGAUGUAGGAAUUUUACAAAGCAGAGAUGUGUCUCAGCGGCGACUGACUAGGCGAUGGCUCCAAGGCCUGAACUAGCAGGAACAGACGCAAGUAAAGGCCAAGAAAAUCAAGUCAUGUCUGACAGAGCGAUGAACAAUUCCAAAGGUGAAGCGGUUCCUGUAGGAAACCAGCUGGAACUUUUGCCUGCAUACUCCACCAUUGCCUUGGCAGCAGAACCAGAGCCAGAAUUUGACCCAUGGAGUUUGCCAGAGCUCCAGAACACAGGAGUAAAGUGGUCAGAGCUGGAUUUGAAAGGCAAAAUACUUCGUGUGACAAAAGGCUUUGGAAAGUUUAUCCUCUUGCUUCUCCUGCUCUACUUUUUUGUCUGUGCCUUGGAUGUGCUCAGCUCAGGCUUCCAGUUAGUAGGAGGCAAAGCAGCAGGGGACAUCUUCAAAGAAGGCUCCGUGUUAUCAAAUCCUCUUGCAGGUGUAGUGAUUGGCAUCCUGGUGACAGUCAUGGUGCAGAGCUCAAGCACGUCUUCAUCCAUCAUCGUCAGCAUGGUGUCCUCUUCAAUACUCAGUGUUAAGCAUGGAAUUCCGAUCAUGAUGGGAGCCAAUAUUGGUACUUCCGUCACAAACACCGUUGUGGCGCUCAUGCAAGCUGGAGACAGGAACCAGUUUAGAAGGGCCUUCGCAGGAGCAACAAUCCACGAUUUCUUUAACUGGCUGUCAGUGGCUGUCCUGUUGCCUAUUGAAGUUGCCACGCACUAUCUUUAUCACCUCACCAAUGUCAUUAUGAACUCAUUUCAGCUUGAAAGUGGGGAAGAUGCCCCUCAGCUGCUGAAAGUCAUCACUGACCCACUUACAAAACUUAUAAUCCAGCUUGAUAAAUCAGUGAUAAGUGCAAUUGCUACAGGCGAUGAGGAAGCAAAAAACAAAAGCCUAGUGCUAAUUUGGUGCGAAACCAAGACCGAAGUGGAUCCAAUGAAUGUUACUAUCCCACCGUGGGAAAAUUGCACCUCUCCAGACCUUUGUUGGAAAGAUGGAAACUUGACCUGGACGAUACGAAAUAUAUCCACCACAGAAUAUAUUAAAAAAUGUAAUCACAUUUUUGUAGACUCAGGACUCUCAGAAACUGCUGUCGGCCUCAUCCUCCUUGCCAUUUCACUGCUCUGCCUGUGUGUUUGUCUGAUACUCAUAGUUAAAUUACUGAAUUCCGUACUGCAAGGACAAGUAGCAAAUAUUAUCAAGAAGACAUUCAACACGGAUUUUCCUUAUCCAUUUGCUUGGCUGACAGGAUACAUGGCCAUGUUAGUUGGUGCUUUCAUGACUUUUGUUGUUCAGAGCAGUUCGGUGUUCACAUCUGCUAUUACUCCACUUGUUGGAAUUGGUGUUAUAAGCAUCGAACGAGCUUAUCCCCUAACUUUGGGGUCCAACAUUGGUACAACCACAACAGCGAUUCUUGCUGCUAUGGCCAGUCCGGGGAACAAAUUAAAGGCUUCCUUACAGAUUGCUCUCUGCCACUUCUUUUUCAAUGUUUCUGGGAUUCUCCUGUGGUAUCCGAUCCCUUACACACGCAUCCCAAUCCACAUGUCCAAGGUUUUGGGGAACAUAACAGCCAAGUACAGGUGGUUUGCUAUUUUUUACCUUUUCAUCGCCUUCCUUGUGAUUCCUGUCGGUGUCUUUGGUCUGUCGGUGGCCGGCUGGGAGUACCUCGUGGGUGUUGGUGUUCCUAUCCUGGUUGUCUUUUUCGCUGUGAUCAUCAUCAACGUUCUUCAAAAGAAGCGGCCCGAGAAGCUUCCCGAGAAGCUGAGAAAUUGGGACUACCUUCCCUUGUGGAUGCGGUCCUUGGACCCGUGGGAUGAUGUUGUGGUGUCAACAGGCGCUACCUGUGAAAAAUACUGUUGCAAAUGUUGCAAACGCCGGGGAGGUGAACAAAUGGCAAGCGUGGCGCCGGGGAAAGCUAUGGAAGUUCACGAAAACCCAGUUUCGCUGGCCGAUGAGAAAAACGCCUUUUCAAAGACACCACAGGCAACUGAAAUGAAGCAGCCAGACUUGUCCACCACCCCUUUGUAGCAGAAGACAGGACUUAAAGAGCUGAGGGCUCGAGGACAAAAAUAGUGGAGGGCAAAAUGUAAAGGGAGAGGACAGAAGCGGAGGGGGAAAUGUAUGCCAUCUUCUUGCAUUUGGUGAAAAGUGUGUAUUGCUCUGGUGGUAGCAAACCACUUGGGCAAGCAGGUGGGAACUCAAGUCCAAACUAUCAGACGCACACACUUAAGGACACAUGCAGCCCCGGGGACUUGUGCACGAACUUUCCUCUAGUCUGCUGAGCCAGGAAGCGGGCAGCAGUACAGUGCUGGAGUGAAGGUCUGACUCUGUGCCAUAGCCAGGCCUUUGGGCCUUCCUGCUCCUGGCCAGUACUGCUACAGACCCAAACUGCAUCUGCCACCUGUGGUUGCUCAGCUUCUCAUCAGUGGACCCAAAAUCAGGUACACAGGGCUUAAGGCAACAUUGGUACAGAAGGGAUCUAGUCUGUGAUUAGUAGCGUUGCAUUAAGAACUUUGAGAUAGUACCACCUCCCUUCUGGCGAUUUCGAAAGCUAAGGCACAGGGCAUCGCAAGAAAAUUUUAAAGGUACCAAACUUUUUUUU